UUUAGGACCGUUCGCUACUGAAAACGCCUAAAUCCAGUGCUAGCCUGCUUGGUCGCAGUCGAGCCAUCAAAGGUGACACCCCCGACCUCCCUUCAAGCCCUGCCACUGUGACAACUUGACUCCUCACGGCGAGGCCGUAGACUUGACCCUAGGAUGAGAUGGUGGGUAGCUGUGGUGGGCUUGCUGGCAGCUGUGCAGAUGAUAGAGGCCAGCAGGGUGCUUGUAUUAGCUCCCAUAUCCUCCAAGAGUCACAAAAACUUUUAUAUGGGCAUCAUUAAUGCUAUGGCAGACAGGGGUCACCAUAUCACAAUUUUAACACCUUACAAGGCAUCCAAGGUACACCAGAAUAUCCAGGAAGUUGUGCUACCAUAUAUGGACCUCUCCAAAUUUAUACCAGACUUAUUUAGUGGUGGCAGGUUUUCAGGCCCCUUCCAGUUGGCAACUAAAGCACCUCAAAUGUGUUCUGAUGCUUUGGCUGAUCCCAAAACUCAGAACUUGCUGAAAGAGAAAUAUGACUUGAUCAUGCUAGGCAUGUUCUUCUCUGACUGCCUCUUAUCCAUCGUCCAUCACAUGAAAGUUCCAUAUGUUUUUAUGUGUCCAGCUGCACUUCAUGGACCAAUGGCACAAAUGGCAGGAAGUGUCACAUUUUCAUCAUUUGCCCAUAAUGCACUCUUCACCUACAAGCACCCACACAGCUUCUUGGAGCGCAUGGUGCUUGCCCUCACAGAUGUUGCUUCAAAUAUUGUAUUUGUUAAAUAUAUAACUUAUAAUAUAGAAAAAGAGUGCCGCCAACGAGGGUUAUGUCCUGAAGAUAUGCCAUCUUUCACAGAAAUGCAUCUUAACUCCAGCCUUACAUUGAUAAACAGUAUCAAGACAUUGGAAAUGCCUGCCCAGCCAUCUGUGCCUACAACAGUGUAUUGUGGAGGAAUACAUUGCCACCCAUCUAAUCCACUUCCUAAGGAUCUGGAGGACUGGGUGGCAGGCUCUGGAGAGGAUGGGUUCAUCUUCUUCAGCUUAGGCUCAGCUGUAACUCCUUCCUUUAUGCCAGAAGAAUACCGAAAGGUUUUGGUGCAAGUGUUUGGAUCACUUAAGCAGCGUGUCUUGUGGAAGUGGGACAAAGACACCAUGGAGGAUCUUCCACCAAAUGUGCGUCUUGGAAAAUGGCUCCCACAACAGGAUAUACUUGGUCACCCUAAACUGCGGUUGUUCAUUACACAUGGAGGGUUGCUGAGCACUCUAGAGUCCAUGUACCAUGGUGUGCCUGUUCUGGGCAUGCCUGUGUUUGCAGACCAGCAUUCAAACAUGUUUGAAGUGGAAAAGAAUGGAUGGGGGAAAGUUAUCCUCUGGGAGGAAUUAACUCCUGAAGUGUUAACAAAGAAAAUCUUUGAAGUCAUGAAUGAUGAAGGCUUGAAGAAAGAAGCACAGCAAAGAUCAAUGCUAAUGAUGGACCAAGCUCAGAGACCAGAGGAUGUUGCCGUGUACUGGUUGGAGUAUGUAAUUCGUCACCACGGAGCACCACACCUUGUUAGUCCUGUUCGAUCAAUGCCAUGGUAUCAGCUGUACAAUGUAGACGUCUGGAUCACCGUUGUGGCGGUGCUGCUGGUCUUCUUCUACGUGUCCUUUAAAAUUCUCCGUUUCCUGUGUCGUUUGCUGUUUUGUGGCAGGAAUAAAAAGCAGAAAUAUGAUUAAAACCAACCAGUACUGCCAAGUAUUUUACUUGUAAGAAUGAUUGAAUGAAUUAAUGAAUGAUUGUGAACUACUAAUUUAAUGCAGUGGAAGUGGAUGUGUACAGCAACAUGUGUAGGUUGAUGUGGGAGAUCAUCAUAUAAGAGGUGGACUGUACAAGCUCCAUUAAAAUUAGAGAAUUUAUAGGAGAGCUGUGUUGGCAACACAGAAUAGACAUGAUGCCAGUGAACCAAGAUGGCUGCUAUUGUUUCUCUUAGGGCACUGCUUGUGGAUUAGAGAGAAUAAUUUAAUUUUUUUUUUAAAUGCGAUGGAACUUCAGACAUAUAUAUCUUAUUAUUUUGUAACCUUGAAUGUAAUGUGAUCCUGUUGGUAAGGUACUGAAUAUGAAUAUUAGGUGGAUGUAUGUGAUCAUUUGUAACACUACUUCUUAUUGGUAUUGCAGGGAUAAAAAUAGACUUGUAAUACUGAUCACCAAGACAAGGCAGUCAUACUUUGAUAGAUGCUCCUUCUCUGUUGUUUGUUCAUUAAUAGAACAAUUUAAAUAAUGUUUUUUUAUUUAUUUUUAUUUAUACCAUGUGGACUUUUCACGGGAAUUUAUGGGCUAAAGGGGAUACUUUUUAGCGUACCUCCUAUCUCAAAGCCCAUCCACUAGGAAACCGUUGCACCAAGUGAGGAAGCCCAACCUGCACUCGGACCGUGGACAGGAUUCGAACCCGUACGCUUGAAGACCCCUCAGACCCCAAAGCACGCAUGGUUCCACUGUACCACGGCAGUUUGUUUUAUUUUAGACAGCAAUAUCUCUUAGGGGAUGAAAACAGCAUUCAUGAAACACUCCUAUAGUAUAUACAAAUCACCGCCACUAUGGGGGUUAUUCAUACAAAAUGGAAAUUUUUUGUUAAAUGGCCAGAGAAGGUCCCUAAUUUCAUCCUGCUCAUUUUAGCUGUGUCAGAGGUAGCCUAUUCCUUGAAGAAUAUUUCUGACCCAAUCUUAUCUUCAGGAUUUAGAUAAGAUUUUUCACUAAUAUUUUUCCACUAAUAGUACAAUAUACCCCCACAUCACCGUACUACACAUGUACCUUUAAUGUGGUUAUAUUUCUGUCAUUGUGGUAAGACAUUCAAUAAUCUUACUAACAACUACCACUAUUAUUUGUAAACAGAGCAGAUAUGACUUACAUCAAACAAAGGAGAAUAUUCUUUUCAAAA